AAUAUAUAGCCACAUUGGCCAGUACCGUUCGCUCGCAGGAAUUGAAUACACACGAUGGAUCUGUAUUACCACAUUCGCUCACCACCAUGUCAGCCGGUUGUAUUUCUGGCCCGCCAUUUGGGUCUAGAGUUUAACCACAUAGUGACGAGCAUCUACGAUCCGGCGGACUUUGAAGUGCUCAAGAAAGUGAAUCCACAACACACCAUCCCCACGCUGGUGGACAAUGGCCAUAUUCUGUGGGAGUCGUACGCCAUCCUGAUCUAUCUGGCGGAGAAGUACGCACUGGACGAUAGUCUCUACCCAAAGGAUGUUUGCGAACGAUCGAUCGUACAUCAGCGGCUCUUCUUCGAUAGUGGAAUGUUCCAGAACACCACACUGCAGGCUUUAUUGUCGCACUUGCGCAACAACCCAAUCACGGACGAGCAUCUGGCCAAGGUGAAGCGCGGCGUGGAGAUAGUGGAGAUGUAUCUCACGGACAGCCCGUACGUUGCCGGCCAGAAGCUGACCAUUGCCGAUUUUUCGAUCUUUGUAAGCUUCUGCUCGCUCGACAUGAUGAAGUACGACCUGACGGCGUACCCGAACGUGCAACGAUGGUUCGCAAAGAUGGGCACGCACAUUCCCGACCUGGAGCCAACGCGCAAAACGAUCGAGGAGGAGCUCCGGGCUCUGCUGCAAUCGAUGAACAAGUAAGGUACGGAGAAGAGACACGAUACGGUCGGAUCACGUCAGUGCUGUAUGAAGUGUGCUUUUACAAUAAAGUGCUAGGCGAGGACUCGGCGGAAUGACUGCGGGUGUUAGAAACCAGA